GCCGGACUCAUAACUCUGGUUUACUUGUGUGAGUAGUUAGUUAAAAAAAUAAAGCACUUAGCAAGUGACACUAGUUAAAAGUGUUUGUUUGUUGUUUAUGUGCCAAACACAGUCACCCAAGGGACCUUUGAGCGGAACAAGAAGAUGGUCCAGUUAAACAACCUGACAAAAGAAUUAGACCAGUUACAGACCAGUUUCAACAAUCUGGCUGAAGGACAAAACCAACUCCAAAAAAGGUUGGAAGACAUGAAUAAAGAGAGAAAAGAUUUUCAGAGAAAGAUUCGAGACGAAGGUUGUUAUAAGUGUUGGAGAAGGUUUGGCAGCAGCUAUUACUACAUAUCUACUGAGCAGAAGACCUGGAAUGAGAGCAGAAAUGAGUGUCUGAGGGAAGGAGCUGACCUGGUGAUCAUUAACAGUGAAGAGGAACAGCGAUUUUUGCUCAAAUUGAAGAAAACUGUUUGGAUUGGGCUGACUGACCAACAUGAGGAGAAUGUCUGGAAAUGGGUGGCUGGGACAACUCUGGCUACAAGAGAGACAGAGCUGGUGCUGGCAGUGGAUACACACCCGUGCUUCUCUGCAGCAGUUCAGCGGCUGGUGUCGCUGAAGCACGUGUGUUCCCCGGAGUAA